AAACUAAAACUACGGACGCGUUGUCAUAGUCUCGCGAGAUUAGAUUUGGUCCGUCUGGAUUAGUCGUCCGCCAGGAGCCAGGGAGCUGGACAUUUGCGAAAGCAAAAUCGGCAUUGUCGGUCUGUAUUUAGUGAUCUGGCGGUCGUGCGACUGUUUCGUUUUUCAAUCACAUCAGAGCCAUCAUGCCCACCGUAGUGGUGAUGGAUGUGUCCCUUUCAAUGACAAGGCCAGUCCCAGUGGAGGGGACAGAAGAAUUCCAGCGCAAACACCUGGCAGUUCAUGGCCUUACAAUGCUUUUUGAACACAUGGCCACUAACUACAAACUGGAGUUUACUUCAAUGGUCGUCUUCUCUUCAUUGUGGGAACUAAUGGUUCCUUUUACCAGGGAUUAUAACACCCUUCAGGAAGCUUUAAGUAACAUAGAUGACCAUGACAAAACUUGUCUAGAAUCAGCUCUGCAAGGAGUUUCCAGUGUUGUGCAGCAGGAAUGGGGUGCAUCUAUUCCCUCCCAGAUUGUGCUGGUUACUGAUGGCUGCCUCGGCAUUGGGAAAGGUUCAUUGCAACACUCUCUAGCAACUCUUAAUCAGCGGGGUGAAAGCAACAGAUUCCCUUUGCCCUUUCCUUUUCCCUCCAAGCUCUAUAUAAUGUGCAUGGCAAAUCUGGAAGAGCUGCAGAGCUCAGAUUCUUUAGAUUACCUUGAGAGGCUGAUUGAUCUGAAUAAUGGAGAGGGUCAGAUCUUCACUAUUGAUGGGCCUCUUUGUCUCAAGAAUGUACAAUCCAUGUUUGGGAAAUUGAUAGAUGUGGCAUACACCCCGUUUCAUGCUGUACUUAAGUGUGGGAACCUUUCGUCAGAUGUGCAGGUAUUUCCCAGGCCUGAACCUUUCAUCACAGAUGAAGAAAUUGAUCCUGUCCCAAAAACUAUUAACACAGACCUUGAAGUUGUGGGAUUCAUUGAUAUUGCUGAUAUUUCCAGUCCUCCUGUCCUGUCCCGUCACCUAGUCCUACCCAUUGCCUUAAACAAAGAGGGAGAUGAAGUUGGAACUGGUCUUGCUGAUGAUAUCGAGGAUGAGAAUUCAGCCAAUCAAAUUGCUGGGAAAAUUCCAAAUUUCUGUGUCCUCCUCCAUGGCAGCCUUAAAGUGGAAGGGAUGGUGGCUUUAGUGCAGUUGGGUCCGGAGUGGCAUGGAAUACUCUAUUCCCAAGCAGACAGCAAGAAGAAAUCUAACUUAAUGAUGUCUCUUUUUGAACCUGGGCCUGAGCCUUUGCCUUGGCUUGGAAAAAUGAUUCAGCUGGGACCCAUAUCAGAUGCAAAAGAAAAUCCAUAUGGAGAAGAAGACAACAAAAGUCCCUUCCCUCUGCUUCCCAAGUCAAAGAGGAGUUAUGCACAGAAUGUGACCGUAUGGAUAAAACCCAGUGGGCUUCAGACGGAUGUACAGAAGAUUUUAAGGAACGCUCGAAAGCUCCCAGAGAAAACGCAAACCUUCUAUAAAGAGCUGAACCGACUUCGAAAGUCAGCACUGGCCUUUGGUUUCCUGGAUCUCCUAAAGGGGGUGUCUGAUAUGCUGGAGAGGGAAUGCACACUCCUGCCAGAUACUGCACAUCCAGAUGCUGCAUUCCAGCUUACACAUGCUGCAGCACAGCUUAAGCUUGCCAGCACAGGAGGGUCUGAACAUGGAGCUUAUGAACAUAAUAUUGUUCCUUUACAAACAGACUUCUCUGGCAGAUCCUCUGACAGGAUGUGAACCUUGUGGUACAAUAGCAUCACAGCACUUUGACUUAGCUGUGGGAGACUUUGAUUUUAAUUGGUUCAGUUGUGACCCAUCAAGAACAAAACCAAGUCGAGCCUGUUAUUGCACUGGACGUUUUACAAUGAGAUCUUCAGCCUCUUUGGUGAAUCCUCUAUAUAGCCUCCAAUAUUUUUCAAGUCUCAUUACAGGAUCAAAAACUGUUUUUUUUUUUUUUAACUUCUGUUAUUUAGCUGGAGUGAUUUAUUGCUGUUGAUCCCCAAUAUUUGGGUUACUGGAGACAACACGAGAUUAAAUAUAUAAAUAGAA